AGAGCGGCCGUGUCGUUGAGCUUGAACCUCUUCUUGCCGAUUUGACAUUCAAUAAUAUUGUCCGUAUGGUCACAGGAAAACGCUACUACGGAGACGAGAUUCACAACAAGGAAGAAGCGGAUCUGUUCAAGAAACUAGUGACAGAGAUCAACGACAACAGUGGUGCGAGCCAUCCGGGAGAUUAUCUACCGAUUCUGAAAAUGUUCGGACACGGCUACGAGAAGAAAGUGAAAGCACUUGGCGAAGCCAUGGACGGUUUCUUGCAGAAACUGCUCGACGAAUGUCGAAGAGAUGGAGAGAGCAACACAAUGCUUAGUCAUUUGUUGUCUUUACAACAAGACCAACCCAAGUAUUACAGCGACGUCAUCAUCAAAGGUCUCAUGCUCAGUAUGAUGCUUGCGGGGACGGAUACUUCAGCCGUGACGUUAGAAUGGGCGAUGGCAAGUUUGUUGAAAAACCCUGAAGUAUUGAAGAAGGCUAAAGCCGAGAUAGACGAGAAGAUCGGAGAAGAGCGGCUGAUCGACGAGCCGGACAUUGUGAACCUCCCUUACCUACAAAACGUUGUUUCCGAGACCUUUAGGUUGUGUCCGGCCGCACCGCUCCUCGUCCCGCGUUCUCCUUCAGAAGAUAUCAAGAUCGGAGGAUACGACAUACCACGUGGCACGAUCGUACUAGUGAACUCUUGGUCAAUCCAUAGAGACCCGAAGUUAUGGGAUGAGCCCGAGAGGUUCAUGCCAGAGCGGUUCGAAGACCAAGAAGCCGCGAAUGUUAACAAGCUGAUGGUGUUUGGGAACGGACGAAGGACGUGUCCCGGUGCGGCUUUGGGACAGAGGAUGGUUUCGUUGGCUUUAGGUUCGUUGAUUCAAUGCUUUGACUGGGAAAUAGUCAGCGGUGAGGAGAUUGAUAUGACUGAGAAUCCUGGAAUGGCUAUGCGCAAGCUCGUGCCAUUACGAGCCGUUUGUCAUCAGCGUCCCAUCAUGAAUAGUCUCUUGGCUUAA